AUGCUAAUUCCAGAUACAUAUUUUCAAUUAACUAUACAAGGUGAUUUAUAUACACGUCAAGAAAUUGAUCGUGAUUUCAUUUGUUAUCAAUUGAAUUGUUGUUUAUUAGAUUAUUGUCAAAUGAAUAUUGAAGCAUAUUUAUUUAAAAUGAUAACGAAACCAAUGAAAAUUCAAAUUAUGAUUAUUAUUAUAGAUGAAAAUGAUAAUAGACCAUUAUUUCCUAAAUCUAAUACAAGGAAUAACGACAACAACGACAACGAAGACGAUGACAACGAUAGCGACGACGACAACAACAACAAUGAAACUUCAAUUGAUGUUUAUGAAUUGAUGAUACCAGAAUCUGCUUCAAUUGGUAAUUGUUAUACAUUACCUAUGGCUAUAGAUAGAGAUUCUCCACGUUAUGGUAUUAAACAAUAUCGAUUACAAUUAAUCAAUAAUCAAUCAAUCAAUAAUGUCAUGAUUAAUCAUUUCAAUUUAGAAUCACCAUUUAGUUUAAUUCAUCCAAAUAAAUCUAAUGAAGAAUCACCUCAAUUACAAGUGAAUUAUAUAUUAGAUCGUGAAAUGAAAUCGAUUUAUUAUUAUCAAUUAAUUGUUGAAGAUUAUGGUCAACCAUCAUUACAAUCGAUUAUGAUAUUAUUGAUUAAAAUUACUGAUAUUAAUGAUAAUCCACCAAUAUUUAUCAAUAAUACAACAGGCACAAUAACUCCUAUUCCUCAUAAGGAUAAUCAUAAUAUCUAUAUUAUGGAGAACUGUACAAUCGGUACCAAGAUCUUACAUUUAUAUACUGAAGAUUUAGAUGAAGAUUAUGAAAAUCAAUAUGAACGUCAAAUGAUCUUAUUAAUCAAAGCUAUUGAUAAUGGUAUACCAAAAUUAACAUCAACUAUAAGUUAUACAAUUCAUUUAAUUGAUAUAAAUGAUAAUGAACCAGAAAUUGAUAUAGUAUCUAUACAAACUACUGAAAUCAACAAUCAUAAUAGUAGUACUAAUCAAUAUGUAGAGAAUAUAAAUGAUUAUCGAUUAUUUUAUGAAAAUGAUCCAACUCCACAAUUAUUACGAUUAAUCACUAUUAAAGAUAAAGAUGAUUGUUCCAUGAAUAAAAUACAUUGUGAACUCAUUCAUCAAGAAGAAAAUCUUACUGAUUUUCAUUUAAUUCAUUAUUCUAAUUCUGUUUAUGGUUUAUUAAAUCAACAUGAAUUUGAUUAUGAAUUAGAUACAAAUAGUACAGGACAAAUUUUAGUUGGUAUACAAUGUAAAGAUUUAGCUGAACCAUCAAUCAUUAUUAAUAAAUGGUUUAAUAUAACAUUAGAAGAUUUAAAUGAUAAUUGGCCACAAUUUAAUCAAUUAAAUUAUGAAUUUCAUAUUUAUGAAAAUGUACCUAAUCAUACAAUAAUUGGACAAAUUGUUGCUAUGGAUAUAGAUUCUGGUAUCUAUGGUCAAUUAAAAUAUGAAUUAAGAUCAGAUAAUUUACAAUUACUUAAUUUAAUUAAAAUUGAUCCUAUAAAUGGAAUAAUAACUACAAAUAAUUUAUUAGAUAGAGAAUUGAUUAAUAUUCUUCAUGUUUUUGUUACUGUAUCAGAUAAUGCAGGAAUUGAUGGUGGUGGUGAUGGUGAUGGUGGUGAUGGUGGUGAUGGUGGUGGUGGUCGUAGCAACAUGAAUCAUAAUAGAACAGAAUAUUUCAAAUCAACAAUGAAAACAAAUACAACAAGUGUAAAAAUUCAUUUACUUGAUAUUAAUGAUAAUUCACCUCAAUAUAUUGGUCCAUUAGAAAUACAUAUUGAAGAGAAUUUAUCAAAAGGUACAAUUAUAUUGAAUCAAUUCCAUUUUAUUGAUCCAGAUUUAGGAGAGAAUUCAACAAUUAGUAUCCAAUUAAUUGAUUAUCAAUCUUAUUCUUAUUUACCUAAACUAUCUAAUGAAUUCAGUAGUAUCUAUGAUCAUGAAAUAAAUAGUCAUUCUAUUCUAUCCAUUGAUAAUCAGUCAAGAUUAUUUGUAUCUGGUUUACUGGAUCGUGAAACUCAAACUCAAUUUAUGUUAAAAUUGAUCGCUUAUGAUCAUGGUCAAUUCAUACGUCAUACAUGUACCAUUACUUUAACAUGUUUCAUUGAUGAUAUAAAUGAUAAUUCACCAGAAUUAUUAUAUCCAAUAAAUGGUAGUCUUUUAUUUGGUAUAUAUGAUAAUAGACAAUCUAUAUCAACCAUACCAAUGAAUAUUCCAUAUGGUACAUUAAUCACUACGAUACAUGGGAAAGAUCCAGAUGCUGGUGAAAAUGGCACUAUCAUUUAUUCUAUAGUACCAAGUGAAUUAACAACAUUAUGGAAUAAUCAUAAUCAUAAUGAUCAUAAUCAACAAAUAAAAAAUCAAUCAUCAUUAUUAAUCAAUAAUCAAUCAAUCAAUCACAAUCAAUUACCUAAACCAGGUUUAUAUGUAAUAUCGAUUAAUUUACAAGAUAAAGGAAUACCACAACAUACUACUGAAGUGAUCUUUUAUGUUAAUAUUAGUGAAUCUAUGAAAGAUUCAUUAUAUGAUCCUUAUAUAAGUAAUAAAAUUAUAUUGAUUUUAAUUAUGAUAUGUAUUUUAGUAUUAAUGAUUAGUUUAAUAGCUACUAUAAUAUGGGUACGUUUAAAAUCAAAUAAUCAAUUAUUAAGAUCUAUAUCAAAUCAUUCUUAUAAAGAAUAUAAGUCAAGAAUAAUCAUUACCCCAGAAACACAUCGUUUAGUCAAUAUAUCUUCUAUCAAUAAUAUAAACUAUGAGAAAGCUUUAAUGAACUUGAAUCAGACAAUAUAUAUACCUUCAGAUAUAUUACCAUCAUCACAAAUAAAAUGGAAUAUACCUGAAGAAUAUUCUACAUCAAGAGGAUUAUAUGAUGAAACAUUGGUACGAGAGACAUUCAUAAUUAAUAGAGAUGAGAAAUUACCAUCUUAUAUACAACCUUAUUAUAAUGAUCAAUUAUCAAUACAUGUAUAUCCUUAUCAUGUGAAUGAACCAACUGUGACAUAUCCUAAUAGAAAUGAAUGGAUGUCAACAACAACAACAACAACAACAAUAAAUGGAUAUAAUCCAUAUCAAGAAACUUCAUUGAUCAUGAAACAUUCUAAUGAACAAAUGCUAAAUAUCAUACAUAUGGAUUCAUUGAAUGAUAGAAUAGAAUUAUACAGUAAAGAUAUACAACUAUUAAACAAUGAUAUUAUAUCUACUCAUUUAACAAAUAUCAAUAAUCAAUAUAAUAAUAGUAUAUGUGGUAGUGAUAGUGGUGUAGAUAGUGGAACAGGAAUCAUUAUAACCUCUGAUACAUAUUUACCUAUAACAUCAUAUGAAAAACCUGUUACUAAUAAUAUUGUUCAUGAAAAUCUACAAGAAUUACAUCAUAUAGUUAAAUUGUCACCUAGUAACAAUACUACACCAAUAAUACAAUCGAUUCAACAAGAGAAGUAUGUUUAAUAGAAGAAAACACCAACCAUUUCAAAAUGAAUCUUUUCCCAGUGUAAUCUGUUUUUUGUUUCAAUUACAGUUCAGGUGAUUAUAUCCAAUACAACUUGUUUACAUCAUAAUAGACCUGACAAUUCAAUGAAUAGUCUAUAACAACAACAACAACGACGACGACAACAACAACAAGAAGGAGGAACUGGUUGAAACAAUAGCGUCAAACUAUAUAUAGGUGCAAAUUAUGUUUUUAUUGCUUUCAUUGUAUUAUCUAUACUACUACUAUUAUUAUUGUUGUUGUGAUAGGGUUGAUAAUUUCUUUUUUAAAUUUUGAUGUUUUUAUCCAUUGAA